UGGUCUUUGCGUUGUUUGAUCCGUUCGGGUGUGGAGGUGCUGCGAAGCUGCAGUGGUGAAACUUGCUUUUUUUGAACGUCUGAACACAAUUUUAAUUCUUAGGAGGUGUAGAAGAGUCGGCUGAAGAGUCUUAUUAUGUCUUACAACAGAGGUCCACCUGAUACAGAAGGAAUGACCUCCCUGAAAGUAGAUAAUUUAACGUAUAGAACAACUGUUGAAGAACUGAAACGAGCUUUUGAUAAAUAUGGCGAGGUAGGAGACGUCUACAUCCCACGUGACAGGUACCGAGGCAAUAGCCGUGGAUUUGCCUUUGUGCGUUUUUAUGAUAAACUUGAUGCUGACGAUGCCUUAGAUGGGAUGGAUGGGGCCAUCCUAGAUGGUCGUGAAUUACGUGUCCAAAUGGCUAGAUAUGGUAGACCAAGUGGUGGACGUCGUGGUGGAGGAGGUGGUGGUGGAGGAAGAAGAUAUGGUGGUGGUGGAGGCGGAUAUGGCGGUGGAGGAAGCCGAUACGGAGGCGGCGGCGGCGGCAGGGAUUAUGGUGGUGGCGGAGGAAGACGAAGGUCGAGGUCUCCGUACAGACGUAGAAGGUCACGAAGCAGGACGCGCUCUCCAAGCAGAAGCCGCAGUCCAAGCCCUCGCCGCAGAGACAGCCCAAAGCCCCAGUCAAGGAGCCGAUCCAGAUCUCACUCACGUUCGUCGAGGAAGUCGCAAUCUCGUUCUCCUGUUCACUAGUUCUUGAGAUAGUGCGCUGAACGUGCUGGUUAUUAUGCGAUACCUGUGAUGACAAACAUGCCAUUAUAACCUGUUGUCGCAGUGAGAAGGUUAUUCUCCUUUUCAUGAUUUUUUUGAAGAUAUUUUAAACAGACAUUCAUUGAUAAAUAUUGACUUUCCUUAUCCAAUCAUUUUCGGACAGUUAUAGUGAAAAUGAAAAUUUGUAUUAAUACUCAGUGUAGGUAAAUAUGGUAAUUAUAGCAUUGUAAAAAAAAUGUGCUUUUAAAGAACUACAGAAUUAUGCAUUUUUUAAACCACUGUUAAUAUACAGUCCUUUGAUUAUGAUUAUUAUUCUCUUUAUUCUUCAUUUAAUGCAAUUUACCUUCCAAAUUUAAUAGUUUCUUGAAAGCACAAAUAGAUGUGUACUCAUUACUGAUGUUUUUUAUUUCUUUUUUCUUCAAAGUCAAAAUAUUUAUGAUUAUUGCCUAGCAUGUUCUCUUAUAACACUAUAAACUUGGUCAACAUUUCUAAUAACAGGGGUAAUGGUGAAACCCAGCUGAUAACAAUAUUUUGCAUGUUUGUACAGUAGCCCUUUAAUACACAGGGUUUUUUUAAUAAGGAAUUGCCACCUUUGCUCCAUAAACUAUUUUAGUAUUGUAAAUUUGUUCAGUAAAAACCCCAUUUUUAUUUCAGUAAAAUAAAUGCAUAUUGUUAUCAUAAUUUAGUGUCUGUAUUUAGGGUGUGGCACAGUUUUGUUUGUGUGAAUUUUUUUGUUUUGGUACGGAAUAAAGGCAUUUCAAUAUUCUAA